AUGUGCCAGGUGGGCGAGGACUUUAGCGAGCUGGCUCCCAAGAAGCCCCUGCCACCGCCGCGGUCUGGCCGAGAGCAAAAGUGUGUGAAGUGCAAGGAGGGUGUGCCAGUCUUGGUGAUCCGGGCCGGCGAUGCCUUCUGCAGGGACUGCUUCAGGGCUUACUAUGUCCACAAGUUUAGGGCUGUGCUUGGGAAGAACCGACUCAUCUUUCCAGGUGAGAAGGUCCUCCUGGCCUGGUCGGGUGGGCCGUCAUCCAGUUCCAUGCUCUGGCAAGUCCUAGAGGGCCUGAGCCGAGAUUCAGCCAAGCAGCUGCGCUUCGUGCCCGGGGUUGUCCAUGUCGAUGAGGGAGCGGCCUGUGGCCGGAGCCCUGAGGGCAGAGCAGAAACGCUGGCUGAGAUGCGGUCGAUCCUGGGUUCCGUGGGCCUGCCCUGGCACUGCGUUGCCCUGGAAGAGGUGUUCGGCUUGCCCCAGUCCGUGCUGAGGCGUUUCUCCCAGGAGCCAUCUGUGGGAACUGAGGCCUACAAGGAGGCUGUGGACAGCUUCAUCCGGCAGCAGCAGGGGUGGGAGACCCAGGGGGCCGGGGACAGCCCUGGCCUGGCCUCGGAGAAGCAGCCAAGCUGUCCCCGCCCCCAGGACCCCCAGAAGCCAACAAGGCUGCCCAAAGCUGCCCAGACCGAGGCCCUGUCCUCACUGUUCAACUCAGUGAGGACGCUGACUGCCAAGGAGGAGCUUGUGCAGCUCCUUCGGACCCACCUGAUCCUGCACGUGGCUCGCACCCAUGGCUACUCUAAAGUGAUGACAGGGGACAGCUGCACGCGUCUGGCCGUCAAGCUCCUGACCAACCUGGCACUGGGACGAGGGGCUUUUCUCGCCUGGGACACGGGUUUCGCGGACGAGCGGCACGGGGAUGUGACGGUGGUACGGCCCAUGCGGGAGCACACCCUGAAGGAGGUUGUCUUCUACAAUCGCCUGUUUGCUGUCCCCACAGUGCAGACCCCGUCUGUCCACACCAAGGCCCCUGAGAAGGCCAGCAUCCACCGGUUGAUAGAGGCCUUUGUUCUCCGGCUGCAGGCCCAGUUCCCCUCCACUGUCAGCACCGUGUACAGGACAAGUGAGAAGCUAGUCAAGGCCCCCCGAGCUGGCAGGGCUGCCAGCCCUUCCCGUCCCCGUUGCCUCCUAUGCCUGUGCGCACUGGAUGUGGACAGCGUUGACAGUCCAACAGCUUUUGGGGCUCAGACUACUAUAGCCCCCUCACAGAGGCUGCCCCCUGCCCCGCAGGCCCAGGCUGAGGAGCCCACAGUGCCCUGCUGUUUGCCGGGGCUUGGCAGGGACUGGGGCUGCUGCAGGGGGCCUGGGCCUGGCCAGAGGGUGGACUUCCGGGCCUGUGUCAUGGAACAGCUGUGUUACAGCUGCCGGGUGAACAUGAAGGACUUGCCUUCCCUGGACCCCCUCCCGCCCUACAUCCUGACUGAGGCCCAGCUCCGCAGCCACAGGGCCCAUAUCACAAAGGAGGUCCAGGAGUUUCUGAUCGAGGACAGUGAGGAUGAAGGCAUGGGCCAGAGCUGA